GCCAGCACGCAUGUCGCCAAGUAUCGGCGCAAUUCCUGCAUGGCGGGCGGCAGUCCGGGACAUGCUCUUCCCACGCGCAUGAGCACGGGCAGAUUUCGGGUGGGCCGUCGGCAGCAAAGCCGUGCUGGCGCUCUUCUCCGGCUGGGCGGCGGUCGGGUGGCAAGUGCGUGUGCGGACGGAGCAUGACGGCCCGGGCGGCGCAACAUAAAGCCUUGGGGAUCGGCCGCUCCGUCCCAUCCAGCACAUUCCAUCUCCGAGUCGGCGCAUCCAACGCAUCCAACGCAUCCAACACAUCCAUCCGCCCAACACUGCCAAUCUAUCCACCAUGGCCGAGUCGCACUCCAACGGCGUCGAAACACGAACCGACAUUGUCACCCUCACCCAAACCAUCCUGUCGCAGCAGCAGCAACACAAGGAAAGCACCGGUGACCUGACCAUCCUGCUCUCGUCCUUGGCCUCGGCCUGCAAGUGGAUCUCCAAUGUUGUGCGCAAGGCCGAGCUGCUCAAAGUCCUGGGCAUGACCGGAACCACCAACGUCCAGGCCGAGAACGUGCAAAAGCUCGACAUUCUCUCCAACGAGAUCAUGAUCAACAUGCUCCGCGGCUCCGGAAAGACCGCUAUCCUCGUCUCGGAGGAAAACGAGGAGGCCAUCUUCAUCGACAGCAAGCUGGGCAAGUACUGCGUCGUCUUUGACCCUCUCGACGGCUCGUCCAACAUUGACUGCGGCGUCUCCAUCGGCACCAUCUUUGGCAUCUACAAAGUGAACAAGAUCGGAAACCCCAGCCUCGCCGAUCUCCUGCGUCCCGGACGGGAGAUGGUCGCUGCUGGGUACUGCAUGUACGGAAGCUCGACCGUCCUGGUCCUCACCACCGGCAAAGAGGUCAACGGAUACACCCUGGAUCCCAACAUUGGCGAGUUUGUCCUGACUCACUCCAACAUCAAGCUCGGUCCCAAGAAGAUCUACUCGUGCAACGAAGGCUAUGCCAACACCUUCGACCCCGCCGUCAAGGGAUACAUUGACUCGCUCAAGUUCCCCUCGCCCGGCUUCCAGGGCAAGUUCACGCCCUAUGCCGCUCGCUAUGUCGGCUCGAUGGUUGCGGACGUCCACCGAACACUGCUCUAUGGAGGUGUUUUCCUGUACCCCGGCGGCAAGCUCCGUCUGUUGUACGAGGGCUUUCCCAUGUCCAUGCUCGUCGAAGCCGCCGGCGGCAAGGCUUCAACCGGCCGCCAGCGCAUCCUUGACCUGAUCCCCGAUGACAUCCACGCCCGCUCGGGCAUUUUCUUGGGCACUGCUUCGGAGGUUGACGAGAUCGAGAGACGAUACCGCGAGCUGGAUGCCUCCAACCAAGCCUAAUGCCUGCAAUAACGCGGCACAGCACAGGUUUCGGCUUCUGUCUGCUCAUCAAGACGCACUCCCACCGUUUUUGAAGCUUCAUCCUCCCAUCAUUUGAACCACCCGCAAUACAAUACGAUCCUGCAAAGUCACCGCGAGCCCACGGCCUUAUUCUCGGAUCGACCACAGCGAGGAUGUCUGGGGAUGACAUCGCGUGAGUGUGAGCCCCUGGAGGAUAUGAUAUGUAGUCAGAGGCAAAGGCAGAGCCAGGGCCGAGCUUGGAU